AUGAUUUUGACGCUUUUACUAAUUUUUUGGAAACUCACUGAGGCCGAAUCGCAUUGUAGUCUAGGAAAAUGCCAAACAUAUGGGCUAGAUAUCAACGGAGAUGCAAUGGAGAACUCAGAAUUAGUUGGCCAUGUCUUUCAUGAGUCUGCGACGAUGAAUCCGAUUCAGUGUCACUUGUGGUGUGUAGAUGACUGUCGGUGUUUGUCGUUCAACUACAAGGAAAAUAACGAAAGAAAAGCUUGCGAGUUAAAUGAAGGCAGCCACUAUACAAACGAGAGCUCUCUCAAACAUUCUCCGGGCUCACGUUAUUACAACCUUCGAAGAGAAUUCAGCCAAAAGGUAUAAAAACUUAUUACAAUACAUCUUUGCAACCAUAUAUCCUCGGAGUUAGAUAUUUUUCAGCCCCACCGUUUUUUAGCAUAUCACGGCUAUCUAAGGGACGCCGGGUCGAACGUCCUAGUUCACACAAGUCGAACCAUAACCUGGAGCUAGCAACUGCCAUGGUGGGCCUAGGGUGGCGUUUUCAUUGGACCAGUUAAUGUUUUAAAACAAGUUUAAAGCAGUUUUUCCAUGUCUGCGAGAGAAUUUGAGAAAAAUUAAACCCAAACGUCAAAAACUAUUAUCAGGUCGGUAGCAGUGGGUUCAAUUCGGUUCGUUCGAAGUUCGUCGUUUGAAUUAGGCCUAGGAGAAAAUUUUGGUCUGAUAUAAGCUGAGACUAAAUUAACGAAGCAACUCAUAGAACCACUUACAAAGAACCCGUUUAUUCCCCAGUUUGCACAAAUUUGCACCGUAUUUGCGCUGAGCAAAUUUGAAGCAAAUCCAUUUUUUCGUCCAGUGCAAGAAAUUUUACAACAAAUGUUCCGAAAAUUGUAGAUCUCAAAUCGUCUUCCGAACAGAUAUUUUCCGAAAAUUGACGUUGGGUGCCCCUGUCUUAUUGGGACUCGGAUCUCUGACCCUGCUUUCUGUUUCAAUGUCCAUCAAGUGAACUUCAAUAGCACCAGCUCAUUGUAUGUAUCAUGUUUCUGUCCGAUGAUCAAUAAUUUUAGAUUUGAUAAAAGAGAACUCUGUACUAAGCUAACUAUGGUGAUCUCUCGCACUCGACACAUAUGAUAUCGAAACAUGAUGGAAGCGGCGACGUAACUGAUUUUAAGAUCCCGAAGGGUCUAAGCUUAUGUCUGAAUUGGUAGAAACUCCAGAGGCGUCUGUGACCUUGCAAGCUCCAAACAAUUCGCCGUCCUCAGCCGAACAUCGUGAUAGUAAUAAUAAUAAUAAUAAUAAUAAUAAUAAUAAUGACAAUAAAAACAAUAAUAAUAAUAAUAAUAAAAUUAAUUGCUCGAGGUGCUUCACAACAAUUAAAAAAUAAAAUAGAACUAAUAUGCUAAAAACUUAGACUACUGAACUCAGAAUGAAAGCUAAUAAACUCAAAAGUGAAACUAACAAACUAAAGAAUUACUCUUUACAAAGAUUAAGAAAACGUUUUGAAAUUCGUCUUAAACAAUGAGACAGUGCUGGAAUGACGUAUAUUCAAGGGAAGGGAGUUCCAAAUCCUUGGGGCGCACACGGCAUACGCCCUGUCUCCAUAGGUCUUAGUUCUUGACUUUGGCUGCAUGAGUAAGUCACGCGAGUUUGAACAUAGGUACUUGACGAUUUCUGAUGGUGCAAAAGAUCCGCCAGAUAUUGAAGCUUUAUACAUAAAAAGAAGAAGCUUUAAAAUAAAUCGAUAUGAGACUGGUAACCAAUGGAGUUGUUCUACCUCAGGGGUGAUGUGCUCCAAUUUCUUUCCCGGCCGGUGACAAAACGAGCAGCAGUAUGCAAACGGCUCCACUUAUACAAAGUAUAACGCCGCCAAAACCUUCCGAUACCACUACUAACAUUGCCGAAAAGUGGAAACAGUUCAAACAGAUCUGGGACAAUUACGCCAUCAUAACGAAUCUAACUGCACAAAAGAAAAAGUACAGGGUCGUGGACUGGGGAGCUUCGAUAAAUAUCAUCACAAAAAUUCACACCACAGGAAGUCACGUAACACCCCAUCAAACAGAACCCUGAAGAUGUGGAACGGAACGGAAAUGAAACCCCUCGGGACUACCCACUAAAAAGUCUCGAACUGCAAAACUGGAAAGAAGUAUUCAUCGAAUUUGUCGUUGUUUCGGAUAAUUUAACACCGUUGAUAGGUACACGUACUACACAACAAAUGGAGCUGAUAACUGUGCAUGAAGAUGAUUUUGUCUCAGUUCCGCCUACCCGCAGAAAACUAUGUGAGAACAUUCGAAACAUUUCAACCGCUGACGAGCUUAUACCACCACUAUCCAGAUGUUUUCUGAAAGGAUCUGGGAGCCCAGCCUGCCACAGUCCACCUAAGUGUUAAUGAAAAUGCUGAACCCUCCGUAACGCCUUCGCCACGGAUUCCGUUAGUCGUGAGAGAGAAGUUCAAAGGUGAACUAGACCGCUUUCAGAAGGUACGAGUAUGAGCAAAAGUGGAUGAGCCGACGGCAUGGGUAAGCAGUGUUGGUACUGCAACAAAGAGGUCAGGUUCUCUCAGAAUAUGCAUAAAUCCACGUCCGUUGAACCAAGCCGUAAAAAGAGAAGCGCAUCUGCUGCCGAUUCUAGACAACCUAAUGCCAGAGAUGGCUUGAGCGAAUAUAUUUUUGACCGUCGACCUUACCGCCGGCUACUGGCACUGUGCUUGACGUGAGUCCAGUCUGUUGACCACCUUCGCAACCCCAUUCAGGUGGAAAAUUAAAGACUUCCGUUUGGUCUUUCAGCAUCAAGCGAGAUCUUUUGGAGGCUAAAAAGAUUUGUCAACUACUUACCAAAGUUUCUGCCCGCCCAGCAGACCACACGGAACCAAUACGCCGUCUCACACCACAAGAAACCGAGUUUAACUGGACGAAAGAGCACAAAAAAGCAUCUAGAGAAGUCAAGAUUCUUUUGUGACUACCGCCCCACUACUUAGCUAUCACGACCCAAAGGCCGAGCUUGAAAUGUGAUGCCCUUCUACAAAGAGGUAAACCGAUCGCUCACUGAGACAGCGAAAAACGAUAUGGCGAAUUAAGAAGGAACUGCUCGCGAUCGUAUUCUCAUUAGAGAAAUUUUUAAGAAAAUACACCUAUGGACGCCACGUGAAAAUCAAAAAGCUACCAAAAGACGCUAGAAUUCAUCCUGAAGAAGUCUCUCGCGUUUGCGCCAAAACGCCUUCACGUUAUGAUGAUGAGACUUCGGAAAUAUGAUUAUGAGGUGCAGUAUAAGCGUGACAGAAAGCUUUACCUGGCCGAUAGACUCUCCAGAGCCUACCUGUCGAACACUGUACACCCGACUGCAGCUGAAUUUGAGAGCAUCAACGCAGCCGCUUUUCUCCCUGUAUCCACGUCUAGACUCCGAGAGAUCCAGAAAGCAACUGAGAAUGACGAGAUCUUGUAAACCCUGAAAGCUGUCAUCUGGCUGGCCAGACGGUAGCAGUCAAAUGCCGCAGCAGAUAACCCCCUACUUCAGCUUGAGGGACGAGUUGUCGGUACGCAAUGGAAUGAUAUUUCACGGGUAACAAAUCCUAGUUUCUUUCAGUUUACGAAAGGACGUGAAACGAAAUUUGUAUGCUUCACACACCUUGGCACAGAAUCAUGUUUACGAAGAGCACGCUGGAAACCAUAUUUUGGCCGAGCAUGAACGCCGAACUGAAAGAGCUUAUGGCAACCUCUAUGACCUGUCGCGAGUAUGAAAGCAGUCACUAAAAAUAGACUCUAAUACCAAACAAAGUACCAGUCGACCAUGGGAACCAGUAGGAGUUGACCUGUUUGAACUAAAAAAAAGAGUACAUGAUCACGGUAGAUAAAAAAGCAAUUCCUGGGAAAUUGACUGCCUUACAAGUACCACCUCAAAAGCGCUAGUUUUGAAGCUGAAGAACCAUUUUGCUUGCUAUGGCUGCCCUGAUCGCUUGGUCAGCGACAAUGCCUCGCAUUUGUGUUAUCAGAGUUUCGUGAAUUCGCUAACGAUUGGGACAGAACAAGCUCUCCUGGGAACAGGAAAGCGAACGACAAAGAGCAAUCAACAGUGAAAACAGCAAAUAACCUCCUACCCAAAGCUUUGAGUGCCGGGACAGACCCAUCUAUCGCAAUUUUCGUUUACCGCAAUACACCGACACAAGGAAUGGAAUCAAGUGCUGUUAAACGUUUAAUGUUCAACCUACCCACAAGGAAGACUCUCCUUCAGCCUAGAGCCCCACAGAGUGAACGAGUACAUCCAACAACUGACUAAGCGGCAGUUCCAGCAGUCUAAGUACCACAACCAACAUGCUCGCGUGACUUGCCCACACUUAAAGAAGGUGAUGUUAUACGUAUGAAGCCGUUGCAGCUGGGGAGUAUGGAGUGGGAGGUAUACGCGCAUCAAAGAGCAAAUUCGCAAUUUCUCCCUAGGGUAGCUUUGUUUAUUUAUAACUUCAAUUCUUUCCCAUUUUCCCCUUUUAACCAGUUUAGGCCUUCGCAAUACGUUGUUCGGUCGUGUUUUUAUAUCCGUUAAACUUACCAGCAGGUCAAGCUCACACUGCAUUCCAGCCUUCGUCAAGUGGUAGCCAAGUAUUUAUUUUUACUCCUUUUCAGGUUUGUCAGCCAUUAAGAUAAGACAGGAGCGGAUAAGAUAAGGUACAAUACAUUCGUCUUCGCCAUAAUUUUCUUCCUAGGGAAUUAGUGCCAUGCUGUUCAAUGUUUGAAUUUUAAAGAACGCAGCGGGGCCAGCGGGGUUUUUUGAAAGACAUUUUUACGCUGGUCACUGCAACUAUUCUGUACAAACGAAAAAUUAAAAAAAAUUGUUUGAUCGAUUUUUAGAAACACCAUGCGACGUCAUGUGAUGGUGACGUCACAUGCGUGAACGGCUGCUGCAAGAAUAAUCCUUGUCAGAAUGGAGGAACAUGUGCGGAAAUAUGUGAGCCCACAAACGUCCGGUACAACUGUUCUUGUCCAGCAAAGUUUAUUGGUAGACACUGUGAAAAGAGAAAGAGCUGCCAGGCCUACAGAGCUGCUGGAGAAACGAGUUCUGGAUUGUACACAAUCACUGAUGACAGUGAUCUAUCCUUCCAAGUGUUCUGCGACUUUGGCUCUGAACCUGGGUUUGCAUGGAGCUUGAUCCAGUCGUUCAGCUUAUCAAAGAAAGACAUUUUUGGGGCAAGUAUUGCAGAUGGUACCUUACAUUUUGUACAUUACUGAUACUUUCCUUCUCGAGAUCAGUACUGAGACUAAACUCUAAUUUCAGUCUUCUGAAUUGUUUGUUUCCCUGGUCUAACUAAAGAGCUCCCGACGAAAAACAACACUUGUUGUGAGCUUGAUAAAAAACGUGGGGUAAAGGAUCCUUGUUUUUACUCGUCGCUCGAAAUAAUCAUUUCUUGACUGACAAACCCGAGGACGAAGGUCCGCUCAUUUUACCCCCUCUCUAUUAAUUCAGGUAAUUUGAAGCCCACGACGAUGCUCGGUUCGGUGAAUACUAAAUGAAUACGAAACACAUAUGUGGGUGGAUUAGCCAAAACAUACCCAGAAAUGAAUAAAAUAAUUACAAGUUCUGUACUCUUAGUGCUUCUUUCAGCCAUCUUCUCUUAAUAUCACGCUUUAGUAAAUAUUUAGAGACAUUUAAACCGCGUGUUACCCUAUUUGUAAUCUUCUCUUCCGCAUGUCACAGGCUUGUCAACUAAAGGAAUAAAAUCCAUCAUUUAUCGUUCUCAUCUACUAAUGCUAAUGACAAGUUUGUAAUCUGUAGGAUGAAAUUGUUUUCUUUGAUUACGAUGAUGACAGCGCAAUCAGCGGUGACCAUCCAAAUUGGCAGGCGUACCUGAUCAGCCCAGCAAACCUUGCAUGGCUUGGGACCCACUCCACUCACUGGCGGGCUACCUGUCGCUAUGAUACCGACGGAGUUGUGUACACAGAUUACAUGAAAACAUCCCUGGCAAAUUUCAACAUACUUAGCCCACAGACCCAAUCAGGUACAUGCCACCAGUUCGAAUUUAUGAACAUCCGGGGGAACGAAUGUCUUAACUGCACGGCACCACUCUGGUACGAAAAAGAUGAAAGUUCUUUGCACACAGAUAGUGACAAAAAUAUCUGUGAAUUCAACGGAAAGACUGGUGCAGUUUAUAACGAAGACAACUUCGGAGGUUAUGGUGCUGUUAAUCCAUUACAUCGUUGUUCGUCGGGACCUAACGCCACUACUCAGGUCUGGUUGGGUGGCCAGUGA